AUGGCUGCUACAGUUGCGUCUUGGUUUGGGUAUACACCCUCCGCUCCUAGAGACCAAAAACUCCCAGAUGAGCUACCCAAAGCCCUUCCAGCUUCCUGGUACUACUCCCCAGAGAUAUAUCAGUUGGAGCGAAGAGCUAUCUUCUCAAAGAAAUGGAUCUUGGUUACCCACAAGUUGCGCUUCACGAAACCCGGCGACUUUCUUCGGUUUGAAGAAGCUGGAUUCUCCUUUGUGUUGUGCCUUGAUCGAGAAGGUAACUUUAACGGAUUUCACAAUAUUUGCCGCCAUCGUGCAUUUCCCCUCAUCUCCGAAGACGAGGGCAACGCGAGGAUUCUCUCUUGUAAAUAUCAUGGAUGGUCGUACGGUCUCAAUGGAAAACUAGCCAAAGCCCCCAAGUUUGAAGACGUCCCGGGGUUUCAGAAAGAGGAUCAGAGCUUGUUCCCUGUGCAUGUACAUACGGACGCACUGGGUUUUAUCUGGGUCAAUCUCGACUCUUCUCCAAAUCCAGUCCCCUGGGAAGAAGAUUUCAAUGGUGUCGACCGGCAAGAACGAUUUCAGAGGUUCGACUUCACCCAGUACAAGUUUGACCAUACAUGGCAGAUGGCCGGCGACUAUAACUGGAAAACUCUGGCGGAUAACUACAAUGAAUGCUACCACUGCACUGUUGCGCAUCCUGACGUGGCGAAGCUGGCUGAUCUCUCAUAUUACUAUACCGUUUCCACGCCGGGGCAUAUUCAGCAUUUCUCCCGACCGAAGCCGGAUAAGGUGGAUGAGGAUAUACAGAAUGCGAGCACUUACUACUUUCCCAAUGCCUGCAUGACAGUCUCGCCUCAUUUCUUCUACAUGAUGCGAUGCGUCCCGACGUCGGCAGCAACUUGCUCCAUGGAAUACGAAGUCUACCGGCACAUAAACGCUUCGGAUGAGGACUUUGAAUACAUCGACUCGUUCUUCAAGAGAGUCCUGGACGAGGACAAGCACCUUUGUAAUGCUGCCCAGAAGAACCUGAAUGCAGGGGUGUUUGUCAAUGGUCAGCUUCAUCCUGACCUGGAGAGUGCACCGUUGUUCUUCCAAAAUACUGUCCGAACUCUACUCCGAAGUCACCGAGACGAGGAGAGAAAGAUGAAAAGAGAGAUCUGGCCAGCGCGGCAGCAUUCAGCGGAAACCGAUACCCCGCGCCCCUCGGCUUUAAAGCACCCUUACGCCAUAACAUACCUUAUCACCGUGUUUUAUAUCUCCCGUUUCUUUGCCCUUCUGCAGGUGCUCCUGAUGAAUAAUCGUGUUAGCAAGAGGUCGCAUCAAGCCUGUGAGAACUGUAGGCGUUAUGACUCGCUGCAAAGGUCCCCAGGCAGCGACGGGGUCUUGGAAAACCGGUUGCAACAGCUUGAAGAGAAGAUGGAAUCAAUAUUGGAAGGAUCAAUACCCAGUCGACAUGUUGAAACCCCCAAGGCGUACUCUCGCGGGCUCCAAAGUCGUGGGAGUACAUCGGAAUCAAGCAAGACGCGGGAAAUGUCCUUGACACCAGGGAAUCCUAGCGAUGAGUCAAGUCUUGACAAUGCAGAUAUUUUGCCCUUUGCGAUGCCACCAAAAGAGAUCGUUGCGGAGGGUAUUGCUCUUUAUUUCCAAUACUGCCACAAGCAACCUCUAUGGCUUUUCCUUCCGGAUAGUCUUUCCAUUCCAGAACGAUGUCGCAGCGAGGUGUUAUUUGGCAUACUCAGUCUUGCGCUUCGUUACUCGAACAAUCCGUUUCUGGACGGACGAACAGACCGGAUGUGUCGACAAUAUGCCGAGGCCGCUCGCAGCUAUGUCAUGUUUCGAAUUGUCCAGGGGACUGUGGACCUCUCAACCUUGCAAUGUCUCUGUUUGAUUGCACUAGCUGAGUACAUUGCUAAUGACACCCAUCUGGCUUGGCUACACAUUGGUCUUGCCACAAACCUCGCCAAAUGCGCAGGACUUGACAUUGAGCAGCACAAAGGCGAAUCUACGCCUGCAUUGGAGGAACGACGAAGGGUAUUCUGGAGCAUCCAUCUUCUUAACCAGCAAUACGCUCCUCACAGCAUGCAGUUGAACAUGCUGCGCGACAUUCAGAACCCGAAGUACAUGGCUGUCAACGUUGACUCUCCUCGGGAAAUGGGGAUGAAGCCACCUCAGACCCCUCAGGAAAAUGGUGCAUUAGGAGGUAUCUGGGUUUACAUGGUGCAGCUUUCCACUCUUUGGAGCGAAGUGCAGCAUUAUGUCUCGCACUGCGCCAGUGGAGAUACCACGCCUCCCUGGUCGGUGGACUCUGGAUAUUGUAUCAUCGGGGCUCACCUGAUGGACAUUGAAACCAAGUUUCCCACCUCCCAUCGAUACGAUUCUGUAAGGUUUCAGGAGCGGUCACCAGAAGAGUUAAAUCGUGCCCGCGAGUACUGGAGUCCCUGGCUGUACCUCCAGUUCACCUACCAUGCAGUACACAGCGUUCUUAAUCACCCUUUCCUUUACUCUUGGCGACCUCAGCAGUCUGCCCAGCUUGCGGUACCAAACACGUUCUGGAAAACAUCAUCAGAGCUGGCACUCAUCCACACAACGUGGACAGCUCGCCUCAUUGACAUGAUCACCGAGAAGGAAUAUCAACUGUCUGAUCCCUUCCUCGGCCAUGUAGUGGCUAUCGCGGCCACGAUUCUAAUUUACUACUGCCGUGCCGCAGAUCCCACUGUGAGGGAGUCCGCUCAACGAAAGCUGGAGACUUGCACCAGAUUUCUAAGUGACUUGGCCACCAAAUGGCCAAGAAUCCAGGCAAUUCAUCACAAAAUUGAGGGCCUCAUCCAAUCGGCAUUUGCCGUCAGUCCACACUCGGCUGAUCAUCGUCAACCACGCAGGACGCUAUCAAUUGAUACGUCAUUGAUGUGGGACAUUCUUUGCUAUAAUUCUACCAAGUCCCCGUUCGCUUCACCGGGAGACGGUCUCUUCGAUGCAUCGUUCUUGCAGCCCCCCGGGCAGAAGCAUCCAGACCAGACGACAGUCGAGACCGAAAUCUUCCAUCGUUCCGCCAGGACGGUAGAUACGUCCGAUGGAGGGCAGGCGCUGCCGCCCUUCUCGAGUACAGUGCACCACCGCGGUGCGUCUGAAAACUCCCAGUCCGGGCCUUGGAGCGGUACGAAUUCUAUUGCGGCUGAGGGUGGCCCAAGCCAAGGGCCACUGCCGCGGGAAGCGUUGGGGUGGUCGGGUUUGGGGUUCCCAGGCGAUGUGUCCUUCAUGGACGUUACGCGUGAUCCAUUUUUCCAAUUUCAGGAUCACGAAAAUCCUUACCAAGGGAUUUGGGAAAUUGGAAAUCUCUGA